AUGUCAACCGGCAAAUGUCAAAUCCUCUCAAAUGAUGAUGAUAAAAAAAUAUUUGGUGUAGCUCCAGAAGUUUUAAGAGGGGGAGAAUAUACUCAACAGUUUAUACAAGUAGACUUAGAUUUUGAAAAUCUUCCAGAACCAAAAAAUGCUGAUAAUGAUGAUUUAGAAUAUUCAGAUUCCUUAAGAAUGGAUUUUAUUAAAUUUGACAUUAAUUCUAAAGAUGAAAGAAAUUAA